CAAAUUUUAUCUUCUUUUUUUUUUCCGGAUACAUCAACAACAAAAAGGUGCAAAAGUAUGUUGAGUAACAAGUUUCCAACUCUGUUUAUGUUGGAUUCUGUUGUCAACAAUUUAAGGUUGGAUUUUGUUUUUUCUUAAAAGGUUGUGUAUAUGGAAGAGAAUUCAGAUGAAAUACAAGAAAAACAAUAGAGUUGGCUUGGCAAAAGUUACUUGGAAUAGGAGAUUUGCUAAUUAUGGUUGAUUUCACGAGUCUUCCUCAUUUUACUCACAUCCUCUAUCCUUCCUUAGCACAGAGAAAUUUGUUGUCGCUUAGCUUUUUCCAAGUUGUCUCGUCUUCCUCAACCUCCUCAUUUCUCUCUGUUUUUUCUGUUCGUUGUCUCUCAUUUUUCCCUUAUUAAAACAAAGAACUCCUUCUCUCUCCUCACUUUCUCGGACAUCUGAUUUCUUAAACCCGAAUCCGUCUGGUCUUUCUUCCUUCUUGCCUCCCCUCCGUGAUGGUUCGUCAUUCUCGGAGGGAGUCCUUUUUCGACAUGGUUGGCUUUGAGGUUUGUCCUGAUACUGAUCUUCUCUGGCCAUUCGGGAAGCUUGAUGGUCUUGAUCGGGAUGAAAUCCGUGAAACCGCGUAUGAGAUCUUUUUUGCCGCAUGUCGAUCAUCACCUGGAUUUGGAGGUAGAAAUGCUCUCACAUUCUACUCCAAGCACAAUGGUGGUGACCAUCAAGGGGAUGGAAUAGGAGGAGGAGGUGGGUCACCUAAUGGGUCUGGAUUCGGGUCUUUAGGAAGAAAAGAAGUGGUGACAACACCAACAAGCCGAGUAAAACGGGCGUUAGGGUUAAAGAUGCUUAAACGAUCUCCAUCUAGGCGAAUGUCGACAGUAGGGACCGUUGUAGGAGCCGUGUCAGCUCCUUCAUCCCCUGGUAAUAAUGGAAGCAUAGGAAGUGGUUCAGGACACUUCAGCCCUGGGGCUGGGUUUUUUACGGUCCCACCUUCUCGGCCUCGACGACCGUUAACCUCUGCAGAAAUCAUGAGGCAACAAAUGAAGGUGACAGAGCAGAGUGACACUCGGCUUCGGAAAACCCUAAUGAGGACGCUUGUUGGCCAAACUGGAAGGCGAGCAGAGACAAUAAUCCUUCCGUUAGAGCUUCUCCGUCACGUGAAAUCAUCGGAGUUUGGUGAUGUACAUGAGUAUCAAAUUUGGCAAAGACGGCAACUCAAAGUCCUUGAAGCUGGUCUUCUAAUCCACCCAUCAAUCCCUCUUGAGAAGACCAACAACUCUGCAAUGCGUCUCCGAGAAAUCAUCCGCCAGAGUGAGACAAAAGCCAUCGACACCAGCAAAAACUCAGACAUAAUGCCGACAUUAUGUAACAUUGUCUCCUCCUUAUCAUGGCGCAACAGCAAUCCAACAACCGAUGUAUGCCAUUGGGCUGAUGGAUACCCGCUUAAUAUUCAUCUCUAUGUGGCGCUUUUGCAGUCGAUAUUUGACGUACGUGAUGAGACAUUGGUUCUUGAUGAGAUCGAUGAGCUUUUGGAACUGAUGAAAAAGACAUGGUUAAUGUUGGGGAUUACACGACCUAUGCAUAACCUGUGUUUCACUUGGGUUCUGUUUCAUCAAUACAUUGUGACCUCACAGAUGGAGCCAGACUUGCUUGGUGCCUCCCACGCCAUGUUGGCUGAAGUUGCGAAUGACGCCAAGAAGUCUGAUCGCGAGGCUCUUUACGUGAAGCUCUUGACCUCGACAUUGGCCUCUAUGCAAGGAUGGACUGAAAAAAGGUUGUUGAGCUAUCAUGAUUAUUUUCAACGAGGAAACGUGGGAUUGAUAGAGAAUCUUCUGCCAUUGGCGUUGUCUUCGUCUAAGAUUUUGGGGGAGGACGUGACAAUCUCUCAAGGGAAUGGUCUAGAUAAAGGUGAUGUGAAAUUAGUAGAUUCUUCAGGGGAUCGUGUUGAUUACUAUAUAAGAGCAUCUCUUAAAAACGCCUUCUCAAAGGUUAUAGAAAACAUGAAGGCCGAAAUCGCAGAAACAGAGGAAGGAGAAGAAGCGGCAACUAUGUUGCUUCGGCUAGCUAAGGAGACAGAGGAGCUUGCUUUGCGCGAGAGCGAGUGUUUUAGCCCUAUACUUAAGAGAUGGUACUUGGUUGCAGCUGGAGUUGCCUCGGUUUCGCUUCACCAAUGUUAUGGUUCCAUCUUGAUGCAAUACUUAGCUGGUCGAUCGACAAUCACUAAAGAGACUGUUGAAGUUCUGCAAACGGCGGGGAAGCUCGAGAAGGUUCUUGUGCAGAUGGUGGCAGAAGAUUCAGAGGAAUGUGAAGAUGGAGGCAAAGGGCUUGUUAGAGAGAUGGUUCCGUAUGAAAUCGAUUCGAUUAUCUUACGACUACUAAGGCAAUGGAUUGACGAGAAGUUACAAACAGUUCAAGAAUGUUUGAGCAGAGCAAAAGAAGCUGAAACAUGGAACCCGAAGUCAAAAUCAGAACCUUAUGCACAAUCUGCUGGAGAGUUGAUGAAGCUAGCGAAUGAUGCGAUCCAGGAAUUCUUUGAGAUCCCUAUUGGGAUUACAGAGGAUCUGGUUCAUGAUCUUGCUGAUGGAUUAGAAAAACUCUUCCAAGAAUACACCACAUUCGUAGCAUCUUGUGGUUCAAAACAGAGUUACAUUCCUACGCUUCCUCCACUUACAAGAUGUAACCGAGACUCAAAGUUCGUGAAGCUGUGGAAGAAAGCCACGCCUUGUACUGCCUCGGGAGAAGAACUUAACCAAAUUGGUGAAGCCACAGGUGGCAACCACCCGCGUCCUUCCACCAGCCGCGGAACCCAACGCCUCUACGUUCGUCUCAACACUUUACAUUUCCUAAGCUCUCAACUUCACUCACUCAACAAAUCCCUUUCUCUCAACCCGAGGGUCCUCCCCGCGACACGUAAACGCUGCCGCGAACGGACCAAAUCAUCAUCGUAUUUCGAAUUCACUCAAGCGGGAAUCGAAUCCGCGUGCCAACAUGUCUCUGAGGUUGCAGCUUACCGGUUAAUCUUCCUGGACUCAUACUCAGUAUUCUACGAAAGCCUAUACACCGGAGAUGUCGCUAAUGCGAGGAUCAAACCAGGGUUGCGAAUCUUGAAACAUAACUUAACGUUAAUGACCGCGAUUCUUGCGGACCGAGCGCAAGCGUUGGCGAUGAAAGAAGUCAUGAAGGCUUCAUUCGAAGUCGUUUUGACGGUUCUUCUCGCGGGAGGACAUUCCCGAGUUUUCUAUCGAACGGAUCACGAUUUUAUCGAGGAAGAUUUCGAGAGUUUAAAGAAGGUUUAUUGCACUUGCGGCGAAGGACUAAUCCCAGAGGAAGUGGUGGAUCGAGAGGCAGAGACAGUUGAGGGAGUGAUUCAGCUUAUGGGCCAACCAACAGAACAACUUAUGGAAGAUUUUAGCAUCGUGACAUGCGAGUCAAGCGGAAUGGGAUUGGUCGGGACAGGACAAAAACUUCCCAUGCCUCCAACGACUGGACGAUGGAACAGGUCGGAUCCAAACACGAUUUUGCGAGUUCUUUGCUAUAGAGACGAUCGUGUCGCUAAUCAGUUUUUGAAAAAAUCGUUUCAAUUGGGUAAACGAAGAUGACACAAAGAGAAAUAGUAAAAGGAAUGUCAUCUCGCUAAGACGUGAUCAGUUGUAUAUUUUGAGAUUAAGAUGUUACAAAAAAAGAAAACAUUGCUUGUUCA